AUGAGCAUUUUAUGGGCAAUUUAUCCUGAGGUAAGCUUAAUCUGUUGCUGUAAAUUGUAUUGUAAUCUUUACUUUAAGUUAUAUAAAUGUUUUUAUAUUGAAUCUCAAUCUGUGGCCCAUUGAGGUUCAAAUUAGAAUUUAAUGAUCCAAGAUUGGCCAUUGAUUUUUAGUUCUGGAUACGAAUGAUCAAGUACACAACAAAUGUGGAAGAUCGCUGUAGCUUUGCCCAGAUAAACAAGUACUGUUACGAACUGACAGUACGUGCUACGAAAAUAAGCUUUCAAAGCUUGUGUUACAGACAUAUGAUUUGUCGUUACAAAGGAGAGACUUGGGCCGAGGCUUUCUCUGAGUAAGUUACAAUGCUUUAGGCAUACAUCUUUAUCAAGUUGCAAUGCUUUAGGUACACAUCUUUAAGUUUUUAUUAGAUAAGUUGGGUAGAUUAUACAAAAUAAAACACAACUGGUGAAGCUACAGUAAGUUUAAAGAAAUUUAGGCUUGUGUCAUGACUAUAGCAGUGGUGGGCUACGGUAUGAACAGGACAGUUUAAGAUAAAGCUUCAGUAUGACUAGGGUACUUCAAAGCAAAACUACAAUAGAGUUAAGGCGAAGCCUAAGUUGACGGCUAAAGCUAAGGGUAUGGCUAAGGCUAAUGCUAAGGGUAAGGCUAAUGUAAGGCUAAGUCGAAAGGUAAGACUAAAAAUAACGCUAGAGUUAGAGCUAGAGCAGACAUUCGGAAGGGGCCAAGCCGGACUAAACUCAAAUUUAGGUCGGACCGGGCCUUGAUUUCCAGGUCCAAAAGCCCGGCCCUUUUGCACGGAAAAACAUUCAGGCCGGACCCUGGACUAAAAUUAAGAUCAGCCCAAUCUUCACGUUCAGCUAGAACUAGGGCUAAUUUGUACUAAUACUCAUUUUUCAGCGCACCAAACCGCCCAAUAGAGUCAACAUUCAAAAAGGAAUUUGGAUUUUGGCUUUAUAACGAUCCCAUUCGUUGCUGUCCUUACACUGGGAUGAUGGCACGCAGAUCGUGCGGCAAAAAAGUUCGUUUGAUGAAUAUUGACUUUGGGUUGAAAAUGGACAAAAUUUUGAAUAUAUUAAAGGUGAUCAUCUCUUUAAAGUGCAUUUUAUCAACAAGUCAAAACAACUGCUACUAG